GGAGGAUUUUGCAGAGAAAUCGUGAGGUCCGGUCCGAAGAUGGGUAAGUCUGUGGUGCUCUGGCGGAAGGAGCCAAAACGGAGGGAGGGAUAUGGCGUCGGAGACUCCGAAUUUCUGAGCUGAAUUUCUCUCUCGGUCUCUCCUCCUCCUUAUCAUCUUCUUCUUCUUCUUCUUCUUCUUCUCUCUCGCUCUCUAGCGUGGGCGAUGAUGGCGGAGCUCUGCUUGAUGGCUUCGCAUGGUUAUCCUCCGGGCCUCGUCCUUGGUCAGGAGCAGGGCGCCAGCAGAGUCGUCAGGGAUCUUCAGCCAAUUUUACCUGCUGCUGGGACAAGACAAGACAUGAUAAGAUUGGGAUCCAUGACCCUCCGUCCUAAUCAAUUCAAGGAGGCAGUGAUUCUAGAUUUGCAAGAUGUCCACUCAACUACUGGGCCCCUAGGCACUGGAAUUGCCGAACAAUCCACCAUGCAGAGAGAAGUCUUUGAGUUUAGCAUGUCUGGAUUGAGUUGUGCUGAAAAGGCUGGACUAGAUAUGUCUCUAGUAUCUGAUUUAACGGGUCUUCACUCAGUGGAAACUGACAUGCAUCGCCUACCCAUCAUUCCUUCUCUUGUCUACCCUAACUUUCAAUUUUCCACUCAAAGCGGUCUCUCAGAUUUCAUGGGAGAUUUGGUCCGAAAUAAAAAAAUAACCAUCAACUCCGAUGGUAGAGUCUUGAUCGCAGAUAGUGGGGCUGAGAUGAAGGAUCUCCUCUCAAUUGUAGCGGAGUUUUACCUAUCAAGGAACUUAACUCAAGGGAGAAAGCUUUCGAUGCCAGUUCCUUACUUCAGAAGGGAAAUCUUUGACAAACCAAGGACUAACAUCCAUUGGUCUUCCUUGAAGCUUGAAGCUAAUGCAGUUGCUCCUGUAAAAAGUCCUGAAAAGAAGAAGCUCAAGCAAUUAUCAAGGAAAAAGACCAGCAGAAAAGCGGGUAGAGAGAGAGAUCUGUUCAAGAGAAAUUACUUCCAUGCUUGUGAAAGCCUUCUAUCCAUCCUGGUGGACAAGAAACGGCAGGGGAAAACUGCAGUCAGUUCACUCAAGAAAGCUGGACCGGAACUUCCUGAGCUCCUGAACCAGUUCUCUGCAGGCAUUGCUGGUACGGGCUUUGCUGUUCUCUUUUCUGUUAUCUGUAAGGUGGCCUGUGGACGUGUUCCUUUUUGUGCAUCCAAAGUCCUAAGCACCGGGUUUGGGUUUGGACUGGUUUGGUUGUCCUCAGCGGUGAAUAGACUGAGGGACACGGUUAUUUACAUUGGCAAAAAUUCUGGAAAAAUGAGCUUGAAUGAAGAUGAGAUGGUGAAGAAAGUGGAUAAAAGUGUGAGCGAGAUUUACUUCAGAGCUGCCACUCUAAUGGCUGUGGCUAUGCUAAGGUUUGUGUGAGCAUUGGGCUUAUCACUUCCGUGGAGGGAGGAUGGCUUGAGAGCAUCUGGGAUGCAGUCAAAAGUUGUGAUUAGUGAUGGAACCUGUAAUUGGUGUAAUUAUUUUGGGUAACUAAUACCUUAGGUCUGUCUGGAGGGAAAGAAAUUUUGCUGUAGUCUUUGAGUGAUUGGCUCAAGUGAUGAUAUGGUAGAAAAUACAAAGCAGUCAGUUCCAACAUGAUCUCGAGCUUGCUGUAAAAUGGCGUUGUCACCAAGAUGUUAUAAAUUAGCUUGUGCAUUAACCAAGCUGAGUUUUGCAUGGCUAGAUACUUUGUGUUUAAUAUAGUUCUCUCUAUGGUAAUCUUUUCAUUCAAUACU